CUACCUCUGACACAACAACACGCUUCCCAGGCUGCUGCCGGCUUCAACCCUAUGGGGGGACGAUGGGGCUGUGGACGCUGCUUCUCCUGCUCCUACUCCUGGCAGUCUGCGUUUCCCUCCCAGCGCCGGCCAACGUUUCCAUCACCUCCUACAACAUGGAGCACAUCCUGAGGUUCUGGCCGGACCUGCGGACCCCCUCAGACGCCCGCUUCACGGUCCAGAUCCACGGCACCAGGAAGCAGCAAUGGAAAACGGUGGCUGAAUGCGCCGAGCUGACGGCCAGACAGACUUGCAAUCUAACCAGCAAACUAAAGGACACGUUUGGCUACUACGUGGCCCGAGUCCAAGCUUUCAGGACCAACCAGACCUCCAGCUGGACCACAUCGAAUCUGUUCCACCCUCUGGCAGACACCGUUCUGGGACCUCCUGAGUUUUCCGUAUCCGGCUGUGGGAACUGUUUGGUCCUGCAGGUCCGAGACGCCCCUGGGCCUCUGCUCUACCAAGAGGAGCUGAAGGACCUGCACACGGAAAUGGAGCUGAACGUGAGGAGAACCAGAGACGGCGCCGAGUUCAAACUGAAAUCCCACCAGCAGGAGAUCGUGAUCUCGUACCUGCAGCCAGGUGUGGAGUACUGCGUCUCCAUCACCUUCAUGUCCUUCAUAAACCGGAACAGCGUCCCCAGCGAAUACCGCUGCGCCUUCACCAGUCCUCCUCCACCCCAACACACAUUGUUCCUGGUCCUUGGCCUGUUGGGGGGGGUUACUCUUUUGUUGGUCAUCGUCGUGGGCCGGUUCAUCUUCAGCAGAAAGGUGAGCUUGGAAUUACUGAGACGACACCUUAACAGGUUAAAAAUCUGCAUCUGCCCUGCAUGAAGUUCAGUUCUCAGUCCUACACCUGCCUGAAGUCUUCUCUGACAGAGGAGGACGGCGUUACGACCUAAAGCAUCCUGAGGAAACAGUUCAGUUACUUUGAGUUCCUCUACUGGAGGAAACCUUUUUUUUAACAUUUACUUUUAUAAGCGAGUUUUACUCAGGACUUCUAACCUCCUCACCUGCCAGAGGAGAUUUUUAUACAGUCACUGUAAAAUAAUCACUGUUAAUCAGCUCAAAGGGUUUAAUUUAUCUUUUCUCACUGAGGUUUAUUUUAAUUUUCUUUGGUUAAAAUAUGUUUUUUUUCCUUCUUCUUGAAGAAAUUUCUGCCAGUGUGUUUUAACCCUUCAGUAACAGAAUGUAUGUUUAAUGUGUAAAAAUCUAUAUCUUAUUAUUUUGUUGGAAAAAAGUAAAUGAUUUAUGGUUUUGCAAAAAGUACCUACACUUUUUUAAACCUGUGUUUUGGAUUUCUGAUACUAAUGAUGCACACCUGUAAAAGAAUCUGCACAGAUACAAACUGCUUUUGGGGAUUAUUAACAGGAAAUGAGGUAAGAAAUCAAUCAUUUGGAUCAAUAAUCCAAUGAUAUUUAGACUCUGGUGAAAAAUCUGAGCAGAUUCUGAUGAAAAUGUGAUUUGAGAAGAUCCAAACUUUGUAUUCAGAAAUAUAUUUUAUUUGUUCAUUAUGGCAAUUCUUCUCGAUGUCUGUACAGGAACACAUUUCUGAGCCUUUUAAUUGAUUGUAAAUGAAAUAAAAAUGUAAUAAAUUGUGAAUUUUCCAA